UUAUGAGUCUGAGACAUUAGACAUACAAAUAUGUAAGGCUUCACGAGAUUGUCAGAAGCUGAGGACACUGAGGUAUCUUUCUUUUCAAGGACACGUCGCUCCAGAAAGCAAUCAGAGAGAGAGAGAGAGAUUUCAGUUUUCACUAGAGUGUCGUUUCUUGGGGUGCUCUCACCCUACAAACUCGAAGAAAAUGGGUAGGGCAACAAGGUGGCUAAGGGGCUUGUUCGGGAUAAAGAAAGACAAAGAGAGUUCCAAUUCCAGUGACCGGAAAGACAAGAAACGAGGAAGCUUUGGCAACUCCGGAAGAGACUCUCGCGGCUUGUGUCAUAAUCCGGGGACCAUACCACCCAACAUAUCCGCUGCCGAGGCUGCGUGGCUAAAAUCAUACUACACAGAAUCAGAGGAGGAGCAAAACAAGCAGGCAAUUGCGGUGGCGGCAGCCACGGCGGCGGCCGCUGAUGCAGCAGUGGCUGCUGCGCAGGCGGCGGUGGCUGUUGUCAGGCUAACCAGCCAUGGAAGGGGCACCAUGUUUGGUGGUGGACAUGAGAGGUGGGCUGCUGUGAAGAUUCAGACCGUCUUUAGGGGAUAUUUGGCCAGAAAGGCCCUGCGAGCACUAAAAGGACUGGUGAAGAUACAGGCACUGGUUAGAGGUUAUUUAGUGCGCAAACAGGCGACUGCAACUCUUCACUGUAUGUUGGCUCUUAUUAGAGCUCAGGCCACUGUUCGUUCCCAGAAAGCUCGCGGGAUCAUCAAAAAUGAAACUAAUAGAUUUGAAAUCCAAGCGCGACAAUUCAUGGAGAGAUUCGAUGACACUAGAAUUGAACACACAGGCCCACUCCACAGCAGAAGGCUGUCAGCCUCUCUGGACACCGCAAUUAACUCCAUUGAUGGAAGCCCCAAAAUUGUGGAGGUCGAUACUGGCAGGCCUAAAUCAAGAUCCCGUCGAACAAACACUUCAGUUUCAGAUUUUGGUGAUGACCCAACUUAUCAAACACUGUCUUCUCCACUCCCGGCAAGUGGACUUCCUGCCCGGAUUUCGAUACCCGAUUGCCGGAACUUUCAUGACCAUGACUGGGGCUUAACUGGCGAGGAGUGUAGAUUCUCCACCGCACAAAGCACCCCUCGUUUCUUCAACUCCAAGUCCCCGGCCACGCCUGCAAAGAGUGUGUGCGCCGACAACUUCUUCGGGGGAUACGGGAACUUCCCGAAUUAUAUGGCGAAUACUCAGUCUUCUAAGGCUAAGUUGAGGUCCUAUAGCGCUCCUAAGCAGAGACCUGAACCGGGGCCGAAGAAAAGGCUUUCACUGAAUGAAAUGAUGGAGUCUAGGAGCAGUUUGAGUGGAGUUCGGAUGCAAAGGUCGUGUUCACAGGCUCAGGAAGUUAUUAGUUUCAAGAAUGCUAUAAUGGGCAAGCUACAGAGGUCCUCAGAGUUUGUAAGAGAGCCAGCAGACAGACAUUAUUCAUUGCAGAGGAGGUUGUGAAUAUAAAUUGAGGCUAGAGAAAGAGCAUUGCUUGGCUUCUAAAAAUGUGUUGUUCACAGCCUACAUAAUAGCUCUUGAAGUUUUACAUGCUUGAGAUAAAAUAGUUUGACAGAAAAGAAAGAUAAUGUGGUAAGACAUCCAUUGGGUUCUGGACCAGAUAUUAGUACUCAGAGUCGUUAAUCAAAUGAAUUUCAAUUUCAAUA